AUGUCUCACCAUCAAACUGGGUUGUCUUUCAGAUUCUUAAAUCAAGAAUUAGCUAGAUUAUACCCAUACCUAUUAGGUGCAAGUAAUGGUUUGGUUCUCUACACAACAAACAUUUAUAAUCAGAUUAGAUAUUAUGUAUGUAAUCCACUCACUCAAAAAUGGGUUUCACUUCCUCCACCACCACCAAGAGAAAAUAAUUGGGCUGUUGCUGGUUUAAUAUGUAAUCAAUGUCUUUCAGAAUCAUCUACGAGUUAUAAGGUCAUCCGUAUACCACAGGUUAAAGCUGCAGCAAAAGAAUUUAGAGUUGAAAUAUAUUCUUCUGAUUUGGGUGAAUGGAAUGUCGUAUCAUGUCCUCCGCGUGCUACGUGGGAAGUCACCAUUCAUGACAAUUUUGUUACCCUCAAUGGUGUUUUGUACUGGUUUCAACAGCAAAACAGUGAAGUUUUAGCUUUCAGUGUUGAUAGAAACACCAAUGAUGGGACCUGUGGGAAUGAAUGUAGGUUGAUCAAUAUACCUUACCUAGUGAGGGAUCGUUACGAUUUCACCAGUUUGAGUGAAUGUCUCGGGGAAUCAGAAGGGUUGAUCUGUUUCGCUAGGUUCAAGUAUAAAGAGAUGAGUUUGAGUGUUUGGGUGCUCGAUGUAGACUGGUAUGUAUUGCACCAGGAUAUUCAACUCUAUGAUUGGUUAGCUGAAAUAGAAACUCGGUUGUGUGACGGAUCAGAUGGGAGGGAUUUAAUGACCGAAAUUAGGAUUGCAGGUUUCAGUCCAGUUGACAAAAAUGUGGUUAUACUUAGUUUCAAGGAGUAUGUUUGGGCAUACAACACCAAGACCAGGGUAUACGAACAGCUAUGUCAUCCUUCUUUCCUGCGUAGCAAUGUUCCCUCUGUUCCUCGUCUGAGGGCUUUAGAGUUUAUUUUAAAACCAAGGCCGACAACACUUCCACCUGUUUCCUGGGAGUGA